AUGGGCGUCAUGGACAUGUUCGGCCAUGGCCGUCGUGAACGCCCCAUUGUCGAGAACCGCGAAUUUUCGGAGAAAAACCCCGGCACUUCCGACUCGGAAUCGGACAACCUCAGCCUCGAGGCCCGCGAUCAGAAGGAAGUCGAAUCCAACCCCAACCAAGUCACCGCCGAUGCACAGCUAGGUGUACAAAAGGCUGAAGCAGCGGCAUUGGUAUGGAGCAAGCCUGCCGUUUACGCUACCUACGGAUGGAUUUGGGUAUGCUUUUUCAUGCUCGCCUUCCAGUCCGCCAUCCUCUUCCAGGCUGGUAAUACCGCUUUCUCAGUAUGGGCCUCGGCCCCAGCAUAUGGUACUGCGCAAGUGCUUUCGGGUAUCAUCGGUGGUAUCAUCAAGAUCCCGAUUGCCAAGGUGCUCAACCUGUGGGGUCGAACCGAAGGCUUCCUGGUCAUGUUCGUGAUCUACGAGAUCGGCAUCAUCGUGUUGGCGAGCAGCAACGAUCCCUAUGACUACGCCGCGGGAUAUACCUUGUUCCUCAUCGGAUACGACGCGUUGUACAUGAUCCUCGACAUCUUCAUCGCCGAUACCUCGUCGCUGCGGAUUCGAGCCUUCACUUGGGCCUUUGCCAAUACACCCUUCAUUGCUACCGCCUUCAUCGGACCCUUGGCCGCACAAAGCUUCCUUCAGGGACAGCCAUGGAUGUGGCGUUGGGCGAUCGGCGCGUUUGCCAUCAUUCAGCCAGUGGUCUUCUUGCCGCUGGCCGUCGUCUUCAAAUUCUACCAGAGGAAGGCCGCGAAGAUGGGACUGUUCAUUCGUCAACGCAGCGGACGCACCGUUUGGCAGUCCAUCGUGCACUACUUUCACGAAUUCGAUGUGAUCGGCUGCAUUCUCAUCAUCGCCUCAUUCGUCCUCUUCCUCCUCCCUUUCGCCUUGGUCGCUCAAGCGAAGAACAAUCUCGCGGCGGAGCCGAACUACAGCAGCCCGCUCUUCAUCGCCAUGGUCGUCGUCGGAGUCGCCCUCUUCCCGAUCUUCGUCGCGUGGGAGCGCUUCUUCGCCCGCGUCCAAUUCAUGCGCUGGGAACUGCUCAAGAACCGCACCAUCCUAGGCUCCUGCGUCGUAGCCUUUGUGCUGUACUUUAACUUCUACGCAUGGGACAACACCCUGUUCAACUUCCUGCUCGUCGUGUACCGUCUGAACCUCUCCGACGCCGGAUACGUGCUCCAGAUCUACAACGUCGGCUCCUGCUUCUGGGGUCCCAUCUUCGGGCUCUGGGUCUACUACACCUGCCGUUUCAAACGCUUCUCCCUCAUCUUCGGCGCGCCCAUCUACAUCCUGGGCACCGGGCUGAUGAUCUAUUUCCGCACCAACGAGGGUCCGCUCGGCUACCUGAUCAUGUGCCAGAUCUUCAUCGCCUUCGGCGGCGGCACCCUGGUCAUCGCCGAGCAGCUCGCGGUGAUGGCGGCGUCGGACCGCGACGGGAUCCCGCUCAUGCUCUCGCUGAUUUACACCUUCACCAGCGUCGGCGGCGCCGUGGGGUCCGCGGUGGCCGUGUCCAUCUACUCGAACGUCUGGCCCGCGGCCUGGGCGCAGAGCAUCCCGGGCAACAGCUUCGACGCGGCGACCACAGCCUUCGCAGGCGGCUACCUCACGCAGACGGAAUACGCCAUCGGCUCGCCCGAGCAGAUCGCCACCAACUUCGCGUGGGGCCGCACGCAGUACUACCAGUGCAUCGCGGCCACCGCGGUGUUCGCGCUGGCGUUCCCGGCGAUCUUCGCCUGGAAGAAUUACAACGUGGAUCGCAAGCAGAACAAGGGGACGAUGAUUUAG